AUUGUUUGUUAAUAAUGUCGUUAUUCUCAAAUACAAACAUGAGUCAUGUUUUUACUUAGAAUUAGAAUAAGCUAUAUAUUGGUAACAUCCGAAGUCCUACAAUCAAUAUGAGAGCAGUUUUAUCUGUAAUUGAAAUACCAAUAACGUUAAAUACUAAUCAUUUUCAUAAACAGAUACCAGCAACUGAUGAUAUUGAGUUUAAAUUGAGUCGUUACUUUGAUGAAGGAGCUGAUUUUAUCCAUAAUCAUUUGAAAUAUGGUAAUGUUUUAGUUCAUUGUUAUGCUGGUAUAUCUAGAUCUGCAUCUCUAGUGAUUGCUUAUUUAAUUAAAUAUCACAAUUACACUACCUAAACUGCAAUUAAGUUUUUAUAGAAAUCUAGACCUAUUAUUGAACCAAAUGAUGGUAUUUAUUUCAUUUAAUUUUAGGAUUUAUUGCUUAACUGAAAGAUUAUGAAAAUAGAGGCAAAACAGUCAAAUCAUAUUUAAUUAAAGAAUCCAAAUAAGAAACAAAAAAUGAAAUUAAACCAUAUCAUAGAUAAGUUAAAUCAUUUCUAUCUCCCAGGAUUAAAACUUUAUUUUGA